CCGACUUUGGUCACUUUGGCUUUCCUCAAUCCCUCCGUGCAGGACAUCUGUUUCCUUGAGGACAAAGAAGAGGCCACCUUGUGCCACAUGCUGUGUCUACCUUGGCUGCCUGGUGGCUGUGUCAGAGAUACUUAAUUGCUUCCUCGACUUUCCGAGCCAUUGACCUUUCCCAUCACCAGCCCUCGAUCCCUUCUUCCCUUCUCAAAGUCACCAUGUUCGGGAUCAUAGCAGAUCUCAUUGCCUCCGUCACCACCAUCCUCCUCCCAGCCUACCUCUCCUACAAAGCUCUGCGCACAAAUGACCCGGCUCAAACGCACCCGUGGUUGAUCUACUUCUCUAUCCUCUCCCUCACCCUUCUGUUCGAAUCCUGGACUCUGUUCAUCAUAGGCUGGAUCCCUUUCUAUUCAUGGCUCCGCCUCAUCUUCCUUCUCUACCUCGUCCUUCCGCAGACCCAAGGUGCUAAGAUACUCUACCUGGACUAUUUGGAGCCGUACAUUGUCCACCAUGAACGACAGAUUGACCAGUUUAUUGGCGAAACCCAUGACAGACUGCAACAGAUGGGGCUGGGAUACCUAAACAUUGCAAUCGAGUGGGCACGGGAGAAGAUUCUAGGGCAGAAGAGUCCGCAACAACCAGCCGGCCAGCAGCAAGCAGCCGGGGUAGGGGGCUACGCCAGCUACGCAUCGGACUUGCUUUCCCGCUUUGCCAUGCCCGGUGCAAGGACGAAUACUCCUACCCAACCCGGCACGACCUCUGCGGGAGUGUACAGUAUGGUCUCGAACUUCGCUGCAGGGCUGGCUUCCACAACCACCUCUCCUCAGGGGACGUAUCGCUCGGCAGCUGCCGAAGCCGCUUCAAUCUCUAUUCCCCCGAAUCUUUUCCAGUUUGAGAACAUCCCUGGCCAGUCCACGGCCGAGAAAUCCUCCUUCAUCACCGCACAGCGUGACAGGUUGUUGGGACUGGUGAAGAUGCUGGACAGCGAGCAGCAGAACCUGGACCUUGCCUAUGGCGCCGCUCCAGGCGAAAGCGGUGCACGGGGAGGCAACGGCGGGCAUAGCAAGCGGCCGUCGAGCUCCGGAUCCGGGUUGGCGAUGGGCGGUGGGUUGAAGACCAAGUCGCGCAGCGAGCAGUCCUUUGAGAAUGUCGACUACGACGAAGCCACAGGAGGUUCGAACACGCCGGCAGAGAACUAUGAUCGUCGGCGGACGAGCGCCGGUGACGGCGCCGGCGGAGGCUGGAUCCCCGCGGGCGUCAGCGGAUGGUUCUCAGGCAGCGGUCCCGCCGGCGGUGCUGAAGGUGAAGGCCACUACGAGCGGAGCGAGCGCGACAUGGACAGGGAGCGGAGGCGAGAUUCUGGCCCGGGGUCGUCGUCCGCACGAGCAUCUCGAGGAUGGACCGCCGCGCGGGAUAUCACGGACGAGAUCUCACGCGGCAUGAGCAGUGGCGUCGAUUCGUUGAUGGGAGACCACGAGCGACGCAGAUGAAGUCCCGCCCCGAGUAAACCACCAACAGCAGGCGCAAAAGACGGGACUCGAACCGUCAGGGACCGUCAGGAUAGGCAUGGCAGGGCAUGAUCGAAUGGGACACGGCAAAAGCUACAGUACCCACCGACCACCUCCUUUUCUGCGCUGUGGUAAAUAAAAUACGGGGGAUAUGAGAAGGGCGGCUGUCCGGUUUACAUACAAUCUAGUGCUGUAAAUGGAGUAAAUGGAAUAUGCAAUCGGAAACGCAGAAACGUAGUAACGCGGUUUUCCAAAGUCCAGCAAGCACGUUGUGACAUCGAGUGCCGAGUGUCGAGAGCAAAGAUGAUGGGACAAUCAGUCAAAGAGAGGGUAGAGAUAUCUGCGAUUCUCAAAGCACAUAUUGCGG